AUGCCCCCCUCGCAGGACACCUUAUCUCCUCUGGUCUCGGACAAGGCCUUCCAUCAUGAGGAGCAUGAAACGAGUGACUUACCUCCCUCACGGGUUACUUUAGUCCGCCAGCGACGGAAAAUCCGUCUCAUCAGCCCGGCGUGGUACCGGAACAGUUUACUGGCCAGCGUGGGCUUUCUAGAGUUCGCCAACGCGGGUGAUUUCGCCGCUAAUGUGUGGAACGAUGUGCCGGUCCCGCUCUAUGCGGUUAUCUUCAUGGCCAUCGGGGGCCCAUUAGCCUUGCUCAUCAGUGUCGCUGCCCUUUGGGAUGGCAUCCUCAGUUGGCGAAAUGUCCGCAUUCUGCAGCAAGAACGACAAUACCUCCACGCUCUGCGACUGCAGUACCUCAACCUGCCCCCUUCCGUCCCCGUCGAUCAGGCCUCUGUCCGGCUCAUUGACCGCCGCCUUGGCGUCAGUUUUCGCGAAUUGGGCUCCGAACUCAUCGAUCGCGUCGUUAUGGAUGUUUUCCUGGGCAUCGGUGCCCUUCUUGUCGGCACCGGUACAAUAAUGGCUAUCUGGGGGGCUCAUCGCCAUAUCUAUUAUAUCAGUAAUCUUCUGUCCGGCUUUGUGGGCAACUCCUUUGCUGCAGCAUACGGCGUCCUCAACGCCGUCUGGUCCCUCUACCUUAUCUGGCGAUUCUACGGACACGACCGUGCAUGCACGCGUUCCUCCGCCAUCACACCCUUUCGCGAUCGCCUCCACCGUCGCUUCCAAUACUUCCAAUUACAUUCGCUCGUUAGCGGAAUCACAGGCCUCGUCGCAGGAGCUGCUUCCAUGCUCACCUGCAAACGAUGGUGGGGAUACGUAAUGCUCAUCCCCUGCAUGAUCUUCGAAGUAGGCUGCAACCAGUUCUGGCGAGUCCAGCUGGGCUACGACCGUCCUAUUGUGACUGAGCAGCCCCACUGGGGCUUGAUCCCCGAUUUCAAAGCAAGCAAAGAAGACGACGAAGAGAAGGACAGCGUCCUCCUUGACACGCUGGCGUCCGUCAUUGCUAUGCAAAACGCCCUCACGCCACAUCCGACCGCCAUGAUCGACGUCGACUGGUCCUCUCUUGACUCCCUGCUAAUGUUCAUCGUUCACAACCAUCUCUUCGAUUCCCUCUGCGGCUGGCUCGCGACCCAUUCCUCUGUGCCCAAGGAUUUCCAUCAUAAUUUAUUCCGCCUCUGCGCGGACUAUACGGAGAUCACUCUGACGCUGGCAGACCUGCGCAGUCUGCCUGAGGUCGAACAUCCCCGACUCUUGGACCUUUGUCGCGAUUUCUUGUAUACUGAGGGCCGGCAGGUGAUGAUUGGUCGGGAACGGUAUUUAUUAGAGAUGGUCGGGUAUACCGCUUGGAAAGAUGGUUAG